AUGGGGCUGAGUGACAAGAAAGAACUGGAGAGCCAGAGCAGGGACCCCGAGGAGGAGGAAAAGGAAGAAGAGCCUGUGGAUCCAUUAACUACUAUCAGGGAGCACUGUAAGCAGACAGAAAAUUGUGUAAAGUUUUGUGAAAUUCUAGAACGGUGUGAUGCUCGGGUGUCAUCAAGGUCCCACACAGAAGAGCGUUGUACAGAGGAGCUCUUUGACUUCUUGCAUGCUAGAGACCACUGUGUGGCUCACAAACUCUUCAGCGUUGAAGUAACUCCUUCCCUUCUGCGUCCCUGA